GUUUAGCGUUGUAGUGUUGACUAGUGAGUCAGAAGAGACAACAGUGGCACCUUCUCUCUAAGUUAUUAACUCCUCACAAUGGCUUUAUCACUUAAUCCUGUGCAGAUUAUGCGAGCAGAGGCUGAGGAAGAGCGGUCAGAAACUGCUCGCCUCUCCUCGUUCAUUGGUGCUAUUGCUGUUGGGGAUUUAGUUCGUUCAACUCUUGGACCCAGAGGAAUGGACAAAAUUCUUGUUGCAAUGGGAAGAAACGAAGGUCAAAUUGAGGUAACCAAUGAUGGUGCAACAAUCCUGAGAAAUAUUGGUGUAGAUAAUCCUGCAGCCAAGAUUCUUGUGGAUAUUAGCAAGACCCAGGAUGAUGAGGUGGGAGAUGGCACAACUUCAGUGGUGGUUUUGGCUUCGGAGCUUCUUCGAGAAGCAGAGAAAUUGGUAGCCAUGCGACUCCACCCACAGACCAUCAUAGCUGGGUAUCGUAAAGCUACAGAUGUUGCUCGUGAAGCACUUACAAGUUCGGCACAGGAUAAUUCUGCCAACCCAGCAAAAUUCAGAGAAGAUUUGCUCAAGAUUGCCAAGACUACCCUCAGCUCAAAGAUUCUUUCUCAACAUAAAGAUUUCUUUGCCAACUUGACUGUUGAUGCUGUGUUAAGGCUGAAGGGUUCAGGAAAUCUUGAUGCUAUCCAGAUCAUUAAGAAACAGGGUGGUACCCUUGGAGAUUCUUUCCUUGAUGAAGGAUUCAUCCUGGAGAAGAAGAUAGGUGUCAACCAGCCCAAACGUAUUGAAAAUGCCAAGCUUCUGAUUGCCAACACUCCCAUGGACACGGACAAAAUAAAAGUUUUUGGCUCAAAGAUUUCUGUAGAGUCUACAGCUAAGGUUGCUGAACUUGAAUUGGCAGAGAAGGAGAAGAUGAAAUCAAAAGUUCAGAAGAUACUGAAACAUGACAUUAAUGUCUUUAUUAAUAGACAGCUGAUCUACAAUUACCCUGAACAGUUAUUUGCUGAUGCAGGCAUCAUGGCUAUUGAACACGCAGACUUUGAUGGUAUUGAACGCCUGGCACUAGUCACUGGUGGAGAAAUUGUGUCCACAUUUGAUAACCCAGAGUUAGUUAAACUUGGCCAUUGUGAUCUAAUAGAAGAGUGCAUUAUUGGUGAAGAUCGCAUGAUUCGCUUGAGUGGCGUUGCUAUGGGUGAGGCCUGUACUAUUGUGUUGCGUGGGGCUACAAAUCAAAUUCUAGAAGAAGCAGAACGCUCUCUGCACGAUGCCUUGUGUGUCCUUACACAAACUGUUAAGGAAACUCGCACUAUUUAUGGAGGAGGUUGCAGUGAGACCCUCAUGGCACGUGCAGUAAUGGAAGCUGCUGUUCGUAUCCCUGGAAAGGAGGCUCUUGCCAUGGAAUCUUUUGCUCGGGCUCUGCUCAUGAUUCCCACAAUUAUUGCUGACAAUGCAGGUUAUGAUUCUGCACAGCUAGUAUCUGAAUUACGGGCUGCUCAUGCUGCAGGCAAAUCAACGAUGGGUCUUAAUAUGGAAGAGGCCAUAGUAGAUUGCAUGAAUACUGUUGGUAUUACCGAGAGCUUUCAAGUUAAAAGACAAGUGUUGUUAUCAGCAUCUGAGGCAGCAGAGAUGAUUAUGAGAGUUGACGAUAUAAUCAAAGCAGCACCUAGGAAACGCACGACAGAUCAGUCGCAUUGUUAAAAUGCCAAUAAAGGAAUUAGCUUAGCCUUGCACUCUAGUGAUAAAAGUGCUUUUUAACUCCUAACCACACAUAGGAUUUCUGGUCUUAACAAUGCUUUUUAUUUCUACAAUCUCAGAAUAAAACUGAAAGCUU